AUCAGUCAUUGCAACAUAAUUAGCAUAUUUUAAAAUAAUUAUCAUAUCGAAGUAAACAAUAUUUUCCACGAAGAUGCUUGACAACUGCGAAUUGUAUUUGAAUUUUAUGAAAGUUUAGAGGAGAAUUAAUUAGUGUACGAUGGCUGAAGAUAUAGACGAUCUUCUUGAUGAAGUAGAAACAAAAUUUUGUAAACAUUCUGGUCCGACAAAGCCAAAGAGCGGCAAAAAAGCCAACUCUCAUGAGCAAAGCAGGUAGUGGUGGAGUGAAUUUUGAAAAUAUCAACUUUAUGAAAUGAAUUUGGAAGAUCUUUUUCAACCAGGGUGUUAAUAGGGAGGGGUAAUUAUCAGGAACCAGAAGCUAUUUUGUGAAGUGUUUGACAUGGAUCCAGGGGGCAAAGGACAAUCAGACAAGAAGCCUAUAACAAGCCAGACAACCAGGCUAAUUGUGAUCAUGAGUCAUCAGAUGAAGUUUAUAGAAUUGAUGCAACAAACAACAAUGCCAUAAGUAUUAUUUUCUGCCGGCUGAGGAACAAGAGGCAAAAAAUGUUUUUCUCGCACACUGCUGGGGGACUGGGUCAAGGGUGUGGUCCAGGUUAUCAGAAUCACUUUUUUGCUUGCCUCGUACUAACCUGGCCUGUGUCCCACCCACCUUAUUGGCAGGAAGAGCCUUGCUUUAUAUUUGUUAUGAUCCUUGUGGAUGGGUGUGCAGCAUCCCUCAGCACUGUGUGAGAAACACCUUUUCUACCCCUCCAGAAAAGGUGAGUCCUAGAACCCCAAUGGCUGGCAUCUGAGCCUAGUGUAAAUGUAGGCUUAUGUAAGCUUACCAGACAUUGGACAUUUUUCAUUUUACCUUCCAAGCAACAUUUUACGUUGGAAAUUGUUCAAAAAUCGACAUGAAUGACGUCACCUUUACUCGGUCAACUGAUAUUAUGAUGUCAUUAUAAAAUCAGUAGAUUGUGGCAUGAAUAAUCAGUAAUUUCCGAUUGUUGCACAAUCGGUAACUUAAUGCAAACAAAAUAUUACUGUGUUCAGGUCAAUAGGUGCAAGUGUGAAAAGGAAAGAUGAAUCAGAUCUAAAUGCAAUGAUUGAUGAUAUAUGUACUGACAGUGGACCAGCAUACAAGGUAAGUUUUCUGGAAGCUCUCUUCUCACACUGGGGACCAUUCUUGCAACAUUCUCAAUCUUAUUACUCUUAUAUACAUAUAGCCGCAUUCAUCCUGUGAAAGCAAACACAAUAAAAACUCUCCAGUAUUGAACAAAACAAGAAAAUGUUAUCCAGUUUACCUUGGGGGAAGCCAAAAUACAAGUGGACUUUCAAGUGCAUCUGUUCAAAGGUAUAUUAAGUUAAUACUGUGUCUUCCCUACAUAUUUUCUUUAUUUGUCUGGUUUAUACUAUUGGCCAAUAUGUUGUGUUUGUAGGACAUGUGAUCAACUACGCUGUACUUCGUGUGAUUUUCAAGUGGUUUCAUUUGAUAAUUACCAGUGGCGUUCCUCCUGUGAUUAUUUAUUCUUUCGUAAUAAUAUUCCAGAUUUUAGCAAGUUAAAGGUUAAUCUAAUACAAAAACGGGGUAAGUUGUAGUCUUGUACAUAAGGUUUUAAAAUUUCCAAUAAUUCCACAAAAUGAAUGAAAAUUGUAUCAUUAGGAAUUAUCAUUGCCCAUGAAGAUAUAUUUUUCAUUUUUCUUAGGUAGCAGAGCAUAUGCUUGUCAAUGUUCUUGGAAAUCUGUCAGCAAAAUGCAAAACAUCGAGUCAGAUUCGGAACUACGAUGGGUGUGCGGAAAGCAUAGUUAGUUAGGACAUCAGACUUAGUUUGUAAACCAACUCACACUACAAAUAUUGAUUUCUGAUCGAAUGUUAAAUAAAUAGACAGUGACUUUAAAUACAAUUAUUUAUUUGAAAUGUGUUAGGUGAGAAGUAUAUUGGCAAAAUUCAUAAUUAAUAUAAUACAAGAUUAGUACAGUAAAGUAAGUCUGGUGUACAGUUAGUUUAAAUUUCCCAUCAAGUGAAGUUUCAAGUUUGCAUAAAUAUGCUCCUCAAGAUCUUUCAAAAUGUAGGCAGGUUUAGCAUUGGAGAGAUUAACUGAUUGAAAUAUUUCUUUAAUUUCUCAGCUGGAAAUUUUUCGAAACUUGUGAUAUGUUAACUGUAAGUGUACUUGUACAUGAAAACUCGCUGGUUUAUGGAUUCAAGUUUGUCUAAAUUAAGAGAAUUUGAAUGUGUUUCAAAUUCACUUAUCAAAAUUGUAAUGCAUGUUUUAGGCAUAAAAUAUCUGUUUCUGGUCAGUGGGUGUGUCAUUUUAAAAAUAUUAUAUAAAUUAUCACUUGUUAUUAUACAAUAAUUUAUCUUUUUUAUUUGAACAUUUACUAGUAAUGUACGGUAAAGACACUUCGCCACAUCAAUUCUGGACAAACCCACUGACCAGAAACAGAACUUCUUUUACACCUUAAUUAAGCUUGGUUUCUAUUAAAUUGCAAGAAUCAUGUCAGAAUUAGGAAAAAUUUGACUUUUGUGAUUUUAUGGAAAAUAGUACUACUGCAUGGAAAAAGUCCAAACUGGCACCAAUAUAUUACAUAUAAUGGCGUAAAGUCAUUACUCAAAACAUAUCUCACUUCAAGACCUAUGAAUGGCCCGAUACUAUAUGACCUCAAUCCUUUAGAAUAUGUGAUAUGUUGCACAUUACUGAAUUUGAUUCCUCCAAUUGUACCUUAAUUCAUGCUAAAAUAGAAAAAAGAAAGUUAGGUUGAAAUAUGCUCUAUAAGUAAGACUUUUUUAUUUAAUUAUAUUUAUUUAAAAUAUUAACUUUACAAUGACACUUGGAACAAUAUAAUUCUUCCAAGUGUGCAUUCUAUGUACAUCAAAAGUAGAUUCAUGUUUGGAAAGGUAUUGUGUUUGAAAGAGGAAAUAGAAGUACUGUAACAUUGGAGGAUAUGAAUGGGAAGAAUGCUGCAUUUGAAGAAGAAAAAAAUCAGGUUGAAAAAGGAUUCCCAGAAAGGGAAGUUCUGCAAAGAUUAGAGAGUGCACUAGCUGUCAGUAACUUUUGUUUGUGCGAGUGUGAGACAAAUACUGGUGAUAAAGAAGAAACAUCUGGAUUGGAUGACCCAUUAGUUUUACCUUUCAAUUAAGGAGUCCCUCAUUGUUGUUGCAAUAUUUGAUGGUUGUGCAUCACCAAGUUUGAAUACACUUUCUACAACAGAGAGCUCUGUACUUGUUGUGUCUAGGCCACAGAAUGCACACCAGUCAUUCACAACCAUUCCUGCACCAAUCACUUCACUUCCUCGAUUCACUGUACCUGCCUGGGGUAAA